AUGGAUAAAUAAAUAUAUAAACCAAGGGCUCUUCUGAACUCGUUCGAGUGGAACUUGCUGUUAGAAUCGACGUCUGUACUGUAUUUGACGCGACAUAACGAAUCUUCUACGACCACCAUGUCAGACCCCGUUGCUUCGAAUUCUAGCUCCCUGUGCAAGUAUAUGAAGGACUAUCCUCGUACACUGGUUGCAUAUGUCAAAUAUUUUGGGAAAGUCAAGGACAAUGUGGUCACCGCCGAGAUGUCUGGCAUUGACUCAAAGGGCAUGACACUUAUAUACAAGCUCCAGUCUGGGCUUCCAACUUCAAUUCGGGUGCCAUUUAAGCCAGCGCUCUCGGGAUACGAUGAUGCCAAACCCCGCCUUUUGACCAUGAAGGCAGAGGCGCUCGAAGGCCUUGGUAUGCUUAAAGUCCCUCAAUUGACUACGUUCCGGUUUCCUCCCAAAGCUAUCAUGACACCAUUCGUCUUCCUCGCGUACUUUUAUCUACUUGCAGCACCACCCCCUGGCACAACAUUGUUCUCCAUCCCUGCCACCACCUUGGACACGGUCUUCACCCCAGCAAACGCGUUUAGAAACCUCACCGGUAUCGGUUUUUCUGUUCAAACUCUCGCCACGAUACUCGGUGUUAUUCACACCGCUGAAGGGCUGUAUACCUUGACACUUUGUAGGCGUUAUGUAAAAGGCGCUCUAGUAACGGCUCUUUAUGUAGGCUGUUCUGUAUUGUUCGGAGUUCAUAUAUGGAAGGACCUCAAGAAACGCGCUCAGGACAAACGCACUGAAGCCGCUGCAAAGUUCGAAUAAUUGACAUGCAUGCUCUUUGCCGAAAUGUGUUGAAACAUUUGGUCCGCGGAGUAUCGCGCUGUAGGCUACAAAAAUCAGUUAGGCCCUUGAGUAUUUGAAGCUUACUAGUUUCUUGGUGGUUCAAGGUGGAGACCUUUUUUUUGUUAUGAUGUUCAGCUACCGAAUUGUCAAUUUAAUCUCAGUAGCGGUAUCACUCGACGUUGUGGUGAGCCGUUCAAAGUCAAACAACGUGACUACAGUUCCUAAAUGUGUAGGUCACAGAACACGUGACUUAAGCCUCGAGU